CCACCCUUUUAUCAACGCCACUCCUCUCUCCCACUCUUUAGCCUCCUAAGCCAAAGAAACAGACUCUUCUCUUAGGCAAAAAUGGCCGCCACAGCCAACCUCUCCAGUGCAAUGUUCACCACCUCCUUCACCCGCCGGCAGCCGGCGACUAGCCUACGGGCACUUCCCAACGUUGGAAAAGCUCUUUUCGGCUUGAAAUCCAGCCGUGGAGGAAAGUUCAAGGCAAUGGCAGCUUACAAAGUGAAGGCUAUCACUCCGGAGGGUGAAUUUGAAAUUGAAUGUCCUGAUGAUGUCUAUAUCCUCGACGCUUUUGAAGAAGCUGGUGUUGAUCUUCCAUACUCAUGCAGGGCUGGUUCUUGCUCUUCUUGUGCUGGGAAAAUUGUAGCAGGAGCCAUAGAUCAAUCUGAUGGAAGCUUUCUUGACGAUGAACAGGUAGAAGAGGGUUGGGUUCUUACUUGUGUUGCUUAUCCUCAGUCCGAUAUUGUUAUUGAGACACACAAGGAAGAAGAGCUUACUGGUUAAUGACGUGGUUUUGAAAUUCCAGCCGGCGCCGGAGUUUUCUUUUGCUUACUUUUCUAAGUCUGUUGGUUUGUGGGGUUGGCUUAGUUUGUUGUUCAGGACAAGAUUGUUGUGUUAAAGUUUGUUGUCAGAAACGGAUCAAAAACUCUUGUAGCUUAAUAAUAUUUUAUAUAUGUGGCUGUGUUUUCUUUCUUGA